AUUGAUUAUCUUAUCGGCUCAACUCCACUAACGGCCUUCUUCUUGGCCACGUGGGUACCUGCUGCCUACAAGGUCGGUGUGCCAGCUUGGUUGUCUUUCUAUAAAUACCCAAGCAUAUCUUCAUUACAAGGUACAAUCUCUCUCUCUCUCUCUAAACACUCUCUCUCUUCAUCCUUUCUUCUCAUCAGAUCACUAACUUUAGCAUCGAAGCGGUUGUCUCCGGACAAUCCCGGGUUAGCUUAUCUAUGUUGACUGUGCAGGUACAUAAUUGGACGGUAAACCUUUACCAACCCUCAAGGAUUAACGGUACCGAAGCUCAUCCGGAACAAUUUUAUCUUGCUAUUUUGAUACUCGUGUUAGUUUUACUCGUGUUGUCGUAUCGUGUUAUAGAUUAGCUCUAAUUUUUCCUAUGUGAACCGGUAUUCAACACCCCUCCCCCUAAAUGUCGGCCUUCGAGGCCCUAAAAUAAUCGACGCUCGUAAUAGGCUGGGAAAGUAAAAGCGUUUAAUAAAAGCGUUUUUCAGAAUUUUACUUAACAUCAUACUACUUCAGAAUUCAGAUAAAUAGAAAUGAAAUCACCCAUAAUUUGAAACCCAUAAACGCAAGAUUUGACAAGUUUUCGCUCAUCAGUCUUCAGGAUGAAUCGUGUGAAAAUUGCUGCAUUAUCUUACAUACUGAGCUCUGUUAUGAUAUUAAUGGGGUUUAUUGCUCAAUUUACGUCGUACUCAAAAUAUGGGGCGGUUUGGUGUAUGUUUGGUUUUGGCGUGAUAUCGUUGAUGAGCUUUUGGUAUGUGCAAAUGCUCACUGUCAAAGCUCCAUUUUACAAGGAACUGUUUGUUUUCGAGCUGGUUUGUAGUGUGAGUCAGGUUUUUGGCUUAAUUCUUGCCUCUCUGGGUGACUUCUCAAUCUACAUCUUCGAGGGUCCUGCUUGGUUCGUGUGGGUCGGUAUUGCUGGGUGUCUACUGAUGCUCGUGGGAGGUGUGGCGCUUCUGGUAAAAGAAAUCGUGAUCGAGAAGUUGGAAGGAGAGAGCUUACUCCCGGUGAACCAAGGCGGGCUGAAGAAGUAAAGGUUUUGGUGGUUUUCCCUAUAGAGUUUUAACAUUCUGAUAUCAUGUUCUUGUAUAACAUGGCUUGUAUAAAGGUACUGCAAGUAACUCGUAGGUAUUAUGCAUUUAUGCAUAUCACAAUAGUAUAUUAGUAUGGCAGGUUUGAGAUCGAUGUUGAGGCGUAGAUGAAUUUUUGUUGAUAAAUACUAGAAUUACUACUAAGACAAGCAUCUAAGUGCUAUAAUUACACUUAUCACUCUCAUUGUGAAAAUUUUCUCGUCUAAUUGCAAAAUACUUUGU